AUGCUCGGAAAGGUAGAGAGAGAGAAGACAUUUGUGGAGAAUGGAAGCAUAUUACUGGAGAAGUUAAUUGCCUCUUGUAAUAGCAGGUGUAUUCCCAUCCGUAGCUUCUCCAUCGAAGAGCUCCUGAAGGCCACCAACAACUUCGAUCCUCACCUUAUUUUUCUCAGAGGUAACUGGUGUCACUGGUACAAUGGGUCUCUCGAAGGCAGACUCAUUUCCGUUAAGAAGUACAGAAAUAUUGGAUGCGCAGAAGAACGGGACUUGCCCUUCACUGAUUUGGUUAUCUGUGCAAAGAUGUGCCCUCACAAGAAUGUUCUUAAGCUCAUAGGAUGCUGUUUCGAGACUCCUUCUCCCGUUUUAGUCUACGAAUCUGCUGAAAAUGGAACCCUUUCCGAUCGAAUUUAUGCCUCUCAACCACAAGCUCGACCUAUGCCAUGGAAGUGCAGGCUAAAGGUUGCAAGGGAGAUUGCUCAUGCUAUUGCAUAUCUCCACACGGCCUUCUCCAGACCCAUUAUUCAUAGGGAUAUACAUCCAAGAAACAUCUGCUUUGACCAACGUGACAUUCCCAAACUAUCUGAUUUUUCAACGUCUAUUGAAAUCCCAGAGGGUGAAUUUGAGGUGGCAACUCUAGUUACCGGGACUCCAGGUUUCAUAUGCCCCACGUAUUUUAAUACGAGCGUUGUGACGGAAAAAAGCGAUGUCUAUAGCUUUGGAACGCUUCUGUUAGAGCUUGUAACUGGAAAAAAAUGGAGGGCUCUACGCCGAGACGAAGCAGAUUCUGGUUUUGAGAACUUCGAAGACUACACAAGAGGAAACAUUAAUGUAAAGACGAUUUUCGAAUCUGCAAUCCAGACAGGGGAAGGAGAAGCUGGUCUGGAGAAGCAAUUGCUAGCUUCACUGCAGCUUGCCCUGAGAUGCAGAAAUGAGAAUCCAGAGUUUAGGCCAACCAUGAUUGAUGUUUCAAAAGAACUAAGACGGAUUGAGAGGUCCAUUUCAUAA